AUGCCGAGGUUCACGUUCCUCGCCGUGAUUGUCGUACUCGUUUCCCUAACCCCGAUGUUCACAGCGGUUCGUCUUUUUUCUUUAAACUGGAAGCUCUUCUCAAUAAUUCCAGCAACUUGCUCAUUUUGAACAUGGAAACUGCACUCGAAAAGUUUUAGGAAGACACGAGUUCGAAAAGAGAUAACUUGACUUCGAACGACGUGAUUGCUGAGAAGUUGAGCUUUAUCAGCGGUAAAGAUGUGCGGAUCAAUUCAAAUAACCGAUCUUCUACGAAAAACAGAAAUACUAGCAGAGAAACAUUUUCAGGCUUUGAAAAUUGGAUGUGUGACGUGUCAGUUCGGUAUAAACACUGUCAAAUUUUCCUUUGACGUUGCUUUAAUCAGAACGGUAAGUUACCACCAACAUUCCUCAAACGACGAUCUGAUCUUACUUCGGUGAUGUUUUUUACAUCUUGAAUCUUACCAAAUAAUUUCAAAACAAGUCUGGAAAAGGAGAAAACAUUGUGGCCCUGAGCUUUGUUUGAAAAUUUUUUAGUUGCCUCUUCGUUCUGAGUUCCCAUCUCUGUAAUAAGACACAAACGCGUUUUCCAUUUCCGCGUUUUUUCCCUUUUCAUUGUUACCUUCGAAAUGAAUUGUAACGACAGGAAAUGGUUAAAAUGCAUCAACUAACCAUUCUAAUUUAUAAAAAAACUCAAAUUGAAAAGCAGGGAAGCUUUUUGAAAAAACGCGGAAUCGAAAACAUACUCUUGUCCUCGCAUUCUCAUCUGACAACCUUUGCGAGCGAACAUUUAAAAAAAAAGUCGUGCCACAAAAAGUUUUUCUCAAUAGAAAAACGUAAAGAUUGUUCUAGUUAUCUAUAAGUCGAAAAGAAAAAUUACUGUUGGAUCGAGUUACAGUUUGCGACAGGAAGCUGCACAGCCAUCGCCACGAUUUUCGUUCCUUUCGUCCCUUUGUUUCUUCAUCACCUUGUAUGCGCCGCAAUCAUAGAGGCACGUCGAGCUUCUGAAUCAUUCGUUUAAAUGACCGGAAAAACUCUCAGGCGCAUCGCGAUGAUCCUAGGAAUUUGAGACUUUCGAAAUGUACUCUAAAUUGAAUUAAAGUUGAAACCUUCUAAGUUAUCAAGAAAGAACUCAGUCCUUCUAGCCCUGUCCGUACGCGUCUGACGAUUUCUCUGACAUCUGAACUAUAUUAAUGCCCGAACCACAGGUUUUGCACGCUUUCUUCAAAAACACGACUGCUGCCAAGGCGUGUUCAGUGGCCGAUCUCUGCGCGCCGCAUCUGCCUCUGAUUACGACACAGUUGCCGUUGAACUUGAGCCCUCAGGAGCUUCUCGUCGUGGAGGUUUUUCCGAAAGACGUCUUUGAGCAUCCCAAAUUUAUGUUAAGAGACUUUCCACGCCAAUCAAUGCGAGUCUUUUGAACGAAGCCUCACUCGGAAUCGUCUCAGCUGUUCUCCUAAACACUCCGCGAAGCCGCCGAGGUUUGAAUACCUUGAGAGUGGGACUAGUUCGGAAAAGGGGUCUAUAUCAGCUAUAUCAGCUACCUUGAAAACAUUUUUCAGGUUCGGACGAAUUCGAAAGGAUCUUGUACUCCUUUGCUUACACAGUGCAACUUCAAAUGCAGCAUAUCAUCGAAAGAGAAGGGCUAGAACAAUUCAAAUAA